AUGAACUCCGUAAUCGGCGAUACAACUGUUCGCGAUGUUGGUGCCAAUGUUUCAAUGUAUGAUAUAUCAAUGUAUGGUACGGAUAAGAAAAAUAUAACAAAAAAAGAACGCAUGAAACGACAUGCUAGAAAAAUGCUCAAAGCUGGUCUUCGAGAAGAUGAAUGUUACUGCUGUUCACUAGAAGGUUCACCAACAACAGCAUGUUUGAUUAUUUCUGUUUUAAUCUUUCUUAUCAUAUUUUGCCUUAUCGCAUUUGCAUUAAUGAGUGCUGGUUUAGAUUUUCAGGCAACAUUUUCAGAACCUACCAUGUACACACAUUACUAA